AGCGCGCCUGACCUGAACACAUAAUCUUGUAAUUUAUCCCAAUGUUUGCGUUGAAARCUGUCAUUGAAAGGGUUUUUCAUCUUAUCGGUUUACAUUGAYUGCAGCUGAGCUAUCAUAUUCUCAGAAUGCAUCUUGUCCAAGGUCCAAUGUCAACGACUUCUACCCCAAGAGAGCCACUCGUGCCGGAGACUUCACCAGACGAGGWGAUGGCGCCGUCGAGUGAGGGAAACCUAAAGAUUUUGAACAUCAUAGAGACGAAUUCAGAAGUUAUGUGCUGUCGUUUUAGUAUAGAUGGAGGYUUGCUCGCAGUUGGACUAGCAAGUGGAAUAAUUAAAGUUUAUUCUCCAGACACUGGCCGAAGCAUUUAUAAUCUUUCAGAUCAAGACACRCUCAAAAGUCGCCUUCCAGUGACUUGCAUUCGAUGGAAAGCUGUUUCUGAAGGCGAAGAUUGGGCAAACGUUUUGAUAGCAACAUAUGCAGAUGGUCGUGUGAAGCAUUGGCAUGUCACAACAAGCACUUGUUUGUCAACAAUUCUUGAACCUAAACGUCAAACACUAGCYUGUUCAUUUAAUGAAUCUGUYAGUCAGUUUGUUACUUCUGGCUCUGAUACCAAGUUAAUGGUAUAUGAUGAAAAAACUAAGCAAAUUAUUACCACAUUAGAGCCAAGCUCUUCUCAUCUUGUAAUGGAUGGUCACAUGAGUAGAGUUUUUGCUGUCAAGUACAUUCCUGAAGAAGAUUACAUCUUUGUCUCAGCUGGAUGGGAUGAUACUAUACAGUAUCUUCAAAAGCUCUACUGUGCACAAUGGCAAGGAUCAGAUGGAAUCCUUACUGGGGGAAGUGAUAAAAACAUGAUGCGCUAUGUGGACCAAUCAACACUACAUACAAUGGGUCGAAUUGUUGAUCUUCCUCGAGCAGUUUACACAGUAGACCAUGAUAGACAUUCACACCACCCAGUAUUUGCUGCUGGCACUGAUAACUUUAUUUAUUUGUCCAAAAAAGUUUAAAUUUUGACAUGGUAAAAGGUAUAUAAUAGUAGUUGCUGGAGGUUUGAACUCCAAAGCUGAACAAGGGGAUUAACAUGUAAAGUACUGUGUCCAAAUGUAUAAAAGAUUAUUUGGUUCAGUUGUGCAAAGGGGAGAUCAUCCACACUUUAUUCACGGAUGAAAGUUAACCAAGUGACAGGUUUUAUACAGAUUUUAUGAUCUUUAUAAGGAUUUAUUAAGUGGACAAGGCUAUCCACCCUUUGUUUAACUGGCUUAUGGUUUAAUAAGUGUAUACUAGUGUACAUAAAGUACAGAUUGUACUGACUAUAUUAUAGAAUUUGAAACAAAGGAAUGUAUAUAUCCAUGCACUUAAAAUAUUAAUCCAGAGUGUUAAUUGAUAGCCAUAUUCUGAGCCUGCACAUAAAAUUGACUGCUAGUGUAAGGCUGUUGGUACUCUGYGAASAGAGCUMCUUUUCGAAAAGUAGCUCUGUUYGCASAGUAGGCUGUUGGCAAACUGAAAGCAUUAUUUUGUAUUCCUACCAGUAAGGUGGAAUCCCUGUCAUCUAUUGAAGAAAAACACUAAAUUCUGCUCCUUUAAAAGUUUUGCAUUGGAAGAAUUUGAGCUUUGUAGGUUGUCAAUAGGCUUAAUAUAAGAAUGUUAUUUGUACAUUGUUUUAUUUCUUAAAAUAUUUAAAUAUUAAAUAUUUUAAUUCUGUGUUGUA